CACUAGUCCAGUUCACCCUUCCCCCAGCCAUAUGAACACCGCCAGUCCUACUUUGAAACCUGCGGCCGUCGCCGCGCUCAUAGUCGAACAUGCUGUUUCAAAGCACAACACCCCGUAUGAAGUCAUUUUUUCCAAAGCUUUCCUGGCGGGCGUCAUGUUGAGCUUCGGAGGCCUUCUAUCGGAAGUCACAUCAGGAGGCGCUACUUCGUUGACAACCUCGAACCCCGGCCUCGCGAAGGUACUAGGAGGUUUUGUCUUUCCUGUUGGUUUGGUGAUGAUCGUGCUCAACGGUUAUGAACUACUGACCAGCAAUAUGAUGUAUUUCCCAAUGGCCGUGGCCAAAAGAGCGGUACCCUGGUGGAGCUUGCCUGUGAAUUGGAUCAUUGUGACUUUCGGGAACCUUGUGGGAAGCCUCUUCUUUGGAGCAAUUCUGGUCAAAUACUCCGGCAUCGUUUCUACUGCACCAUACAACACUUACAUCGUCGAAUUUGCCAUGAAAAAGGCCUCGGAACCCGAAUGGCAUCAGAUAUUCUUGAGAGGGAUCGGAUGUAACUGGCUUGUAUGCAUCGCAGUUUGGCAAGCUGCCGGCGCUCGAGACACUAUAUCCAAGAUAUUCGCAAUCUGGCUUCCGAUUUGGGUAUUCGUGGCUUGUGGUUAUGACCAUGUCGUUGCAAACAUGUUUUCGGUUCCGCUGGGGAUCAUGUUUGGAGCUGAUCUGACGGCAGCGGAGUAUAUUCGAAAGUCUUUGAUCGCAGCUUACCUUGGCAAUGUCAUCGGCGCACUGUUUGUCGCAAUGCCCGCCACAUACUUCUACUUGCGAGAUUACAAUGCAGGGAACAUGCGUGCUGCAGAAAACGGGGAGUUGUCAGCCGGUGAACUUGCAGCUGGGGUGACGGAAAUACAGGUUAAUGAUAGUGACAAUAAAUCCAAGCGACAAUAAUUAGUCGUAGUCGAACGGGCACCAAACUAAUUAGCGUAAUCAAC